AUGGAAUAUAUCUUGUUCCAAAAGGAUGACUUCACCGAGAAAAACUAUAUUGCACGACAUGAAGAGGGAUCAAAAGAUGACUACGACAUCACUAUCAAAGGCCGAGCGACAAUUAGUCACGGUGGGCGUGAGCUUACCAUUGUAAACGUUUCUGUAGAAGAUGUCGGGCUGUAUGGUUGUCGGAUAUCUUAUUUUGAAGAACACCAAAACCAGUAUUACCAUAAAGCAUCACAAAAAGUAUUUCUGGAUGUGAAAGUUCCUCCACCUGAAUGGAGGAGUGCCCCCAUACUCAGAAGGUACAACCAAGUGACAGACACCAUAUAUGACGGAGACAUUGUCAACCUCACAUGCAGGGUACCUGGUGGUAACCCGCUAUCUCAACUCACGUGGUCUGGAUGUCCCAACGGAAGUCAAACUGACUUGUCGUCCUCCACAGAGGCUGUGGUUCAGCUACAGUUUGUAGCCAGUUCCAGUCACCACGGCAGCGUGUGUACAUGUACGGCAUUACAGAAGUACGCGUCGCCACAAGAGAGGAGUUCCAAUGUCACCCUGCUCAUAGCCCAUCCACCAACACUGGACAUAAUGGCCAGCCCAGCGCUGCCUUGGUUUGCAACCGGAGGCAACGCCACAGUCAACGCCACACUGAACUGUACCGCUACUGGUGGAUAUCCACCGGCGACGCUGUCAUGGGUGUGCAAGGAGAACAGUACACAGAAUGGAACAGAAGGGCCAUCUCUCCUGUCCGUGUUUCCUUAUGUUGGAGUGGAUGAUGACAAGAUGGUGUGUGUUUGCGAGGCGAGGAACAGUUACACGGCGGUGAAAGGAAGGGUGUUCAAGACCAUUCAGUUGGACGCGGAAUAUCAUCCACAACUAGAAUUAACCGCCUUGCCGGGAAAUAUGAUCAAGGAGCAUGACAGUGUCCGUCUUAUGUGCUCCGGCCACGGGAACCCUUCUAACAUCACCUACAGGUGGGAGCACGGCGAAUGGAGCAUGGCUGGUAGUAAUCAAACAAUCCUGAACUUGAAUAGAACAGAUACUGGAAACUACUCAUGUACAGGCGCUUCCAACUCUAGUCGAUACGGACAGCUGAUCACUGUUCAGUACUUGCCAAUCACAGUUAACUAUUUAGACGUCCAAAUUGCGAUACUAGAAACCAAUUUGACGGAGGGGGACAAUGUUACUCUGGAAUGCCAGACGGAGGGAGUGCCUUCAUUGUACGAUUUCAAAGAUUGGAAUUUUCAGUCGUACUUGAUGAACGACACACAGUUGCUUAAUGGGACAAGGGGCAAAAUUCUUCAUAUGGAAAAUAUCAACUACAUGGAAUCUGGGACUUACACGUGUGUGGUUAAUAACACCGCUCUAGUUCGGCACGGAAGCAAGCUGUUGCCCAUUUUGCAUUCCCCCAAACUUCACCCCUACCGGCAAGCUAGCCAACAAGUUGUGGCACCCGUCAACGGUAACGUCACAUUGUCCUUGUAUAUUGUGGCAAACCCCGAACCCAAACCUGCCGACUUUGUGUGGACUAAAGUCAAACCAGACAACGCUUCCAGAAAUGUGUCAGAGCUUGCGUCCAGUGCCGGGUUGGUUUCAAAUCUGACUAUUGGGAAUGUCAGGGAGAGUGACUAUGGGGAAUAUUGCUGUGAGGUCGCCAAUGGCAUCGGUGAAAAACUGAAAGUUUGUUUUAACGUAAGCGCCCAAGGUCCACCAUUGGCUCCAACAGGCCUACACGAGAUUCCUGGUCGCACCACGGCAAUCUCGACCCAAGUUCAAUGGGUUUCCGCUUUCAGUGGUGGCCUCACCCAAGUGUUCGUGGUAGAAUACAAAGAUGAAGCUGGUGAGAUAUGGGAAACUUCUGCCUCUGACAUCAAUGAUACAGGCGAAGGAAAGAAUGUAACCCACAAAAUUGACAACCUGACACCUGCUACUGCCUACAAUAUACGAGUGAAAGCCAAAAAUUCGUACAAUGGUGGAAGUUAUAGUGUCUAUUCUGAUGUGAUUUCUAUUGCAAUGAAAGGUAUUCUUUUCUAUAAUUUGUUGAAUGAAAACCUCUCUUUAUAG